AGGCACCAGUAUUUAGACCCCUUCUCCUCCUCAAACUACUCUUUUCUUAACAGCUCUCAAUCUUUCAUAUUACAAUUUCUUAGUUCUCCAGCCAGAGUUUCAUAAUUUCCUUCUCUGUCCUUUCCAUCUCUUUCUAACUUUCUCAUAGCUUUCAUUCCAAUCGAAUCAGAAUCAGAAUCAAAAUCAGACUCAUUUAAACCUUUCUAGAUUUGGCUAUUGUUCUGAUAGUUAGAUCUGUUUGGUCAGAGCCCAUUUGUAGUUUAGGAGAUUGAAGAUUGAGAGAGAGAGAGAGAGAAGGGUUUUAGAUCAUGGAAAAUUUUACUGGAAUUUUGAAGGAGGAUGAUGAGAUGGAAUUGCCACCGGGUUUUCGAUUCCACCCAAUGGAUGAAGAGCUGAUUACUCAUUAUCUUGCCAAGAAGGUUUUUGAUAGCCACUUCUCUGCUAGAGCCAUGGGAGAGGUUGAUAUGAACAAGGUUGAGCCUUGGGAAUUACCAUGGAAGGCGAAAAUGGGAGAAAAAGAGUGGUACUUUUUCUGUUUGAGAGACAAAAAGUACCCAACUGGUUUGAGAACAAACAGGGCUACUGCUGCUGGCUAUUGGAAAGCCACAGGAAAAGAUAGGGAAAUUUUCCGAGGGAAAACUCUGGUUGGGAUGAAGAAAACCUUGGUUUUCUAUAUGGGGAGAGCACCGAAAGGAGAGAAAACCAAUUGGGUCAGUCAUGAAUAUAGAUUAGAGGGUAAAUUCUCUCUCCAUAACCUCCCCAAAACAGCGAAGAAUGAUUGGGUGAUUUGCCGGGUGUUUCACAAGAAUUCAGGAGAGAAAAAAGUACAUAUUUCUGGGUUAGAGAGAUUGAAUUCCGUGGAAAAUGAACCUGUUUCUCCUGCUCUUCCACCAUUAACAGACACUUCUUAUGGUGGAAGGACCAAACCUACCCUACCGGAAUUUGUUCACGUUCCCUGCUUCUCCAGUUCCAUUGCUGCACAGAAAAACCAGGAAGAUACAAUUAAUUACCUCCGCAAUUCUCUUUUUCCUCUCUCCUCAAAUCCAUCCAAUAUUUUCCCAAGAUUUUCUCUUCCAAACUCAUUUUCUUUGGGUCGAUCAGCUCCAGUUCUUGAAAAUUUUCAAUACCCUGGUUCAAUUCCACUGCAAGACCAGGGAAUUAUGAGGAAUUCCCUGCAAAAUUAUGGACCAAACAUGAAGCAGAGUUUCAAAACAGAGGAGGAUCAUAUGGUUAGUGUCUCCCAUGAAAUAGGUUUAAGCACUGAGAUGAACUUUGAAUUGUCUUCUGUUGUAUCAAAUCUUGAAAUGGCAAGGAAGUCAUUUGACAAUCAAGAGGCUCCAUCAACUUCAGGUGGACCACAAGACCUUGAUUAUCUUUGGAGCUACCGAAAUCCAUGUUAAGGAGAAGGGGUGAAGCAAGGUUGCCAUACCAAGGAGAAUACUUCUCGAUAUUAUAUCCAAAGUUGCUAAAAGGUAGGGGCGAAGUUAUUUGGAAUUGAUCUUAGGAUCGAUCCCUACUUUUUGUCAAGUUGUGACACAACUCCAUUGAUCCGUAAGUGACAUUCUCGAGUUAUGACGUGUAACUAACCCUUAUUUACUUGAAAAUGUCGGUACGGUUAUCACUUUGGGUACCUUAGUCUUACCCUAAAACAUUUAUGUAGCAGCAUUUAUGAUGUAGAAUGUGAAAGAAGGAGAAGAAUAGCUUUAGGUACUAUUGUUAUGUGUGUAGGUGUGUGGAAUUGUAUAGGUUCUCUCAUUCCAAAAGGUAUGUUGAGGACAUUGAAGAUAU